AUGUGGCCUGGUGCGUGGCAACGGCCGCUCAGGCCACUUUAUGCCCACAAGAUUUGCCAUUUGAGAGUCUUGAGCCAGCAUACUCGGCUCCUUUUCAAGACAUCCUUCCGACGACAAGGAGCCGUAGCCUCUCAGCCUCAGGGGCAGAAAGAAGAAGAGGAAGAUCCGUGAGCUUCCAGAUCCGCCAACUCCAUUCCCUAUACCGACCUGGUCAUCGGUGUACCGCUUGAGGUCCGUAAGAAUGAGAGACGAGUGGCCAUUACCCCUACUAACGCCAGACUGCUACUCGAGAAGGGGUUCAAGGAAGUUCGUGUCAAAUACGGAGCUGGCUUCCAGGCCCAGUAUAAGAGUAAGCAGGUGAUCGUCAUGAAGAGAGGUAUGGGAAAUAAAUAUGCGGAUAUUGUGAAUCCCAUGGUGAGACUUGCAAUGCUCCCUCCUUCUGUCCAUUUCAUGACGUGCUAACGUUGACUGUUUCCAGUUCCAUGCUCCCAACACGAAGAUGUUAUUCGGCGAAGCCAAGGCGACGUGUGAUGCGAUCAAGAAUGCACUGGAUGCUGCGAAGUCAUCGUCGUAG